CUUCACAGCAAUUAGAAGAGAACGAGUGUCAAUAAAUUUCCAAAAGGUAUGGAAGUGAAUUUGUAAAUAUAGCGACUUUUGCGCUCCGUUUGUGAAAUCCUCGAAGCCGAAUGCUGAUGUUGCACGCGCAAGAGAAGCAAUGUAUCAUCAACAAUCGGAGUUGUUUUUCUUCGAUCAGUGUGGCACGAGACGAAAGUACAAACGCUUUCGAAAGCCAACCGAGUUGUUACCGUUUUCGUUACGACUCACGGGUCUCAGUGGAGCGGUUAAAGUUGAAGCCUAUCUUAAACAACAGCAACAGAAGGCUGGUGACGCGGCACAAGGGAAGGAAAAGAGUUUUGCGGCUGAAAACAGCGAGACACCCGAGUCUCGGCCGGCUGGUGCGCUUAACAACUUCCCUCUACCCAAAGCUGAUCACUCGGCAGAGAUCGACGGUAAAAGACCACAUCCUGCUGGUGGGAAAUUAUUGAAUUUACCAGACAUCGGUUUAAACUCAGGAGGGUUUAAUUCUCCACCAGCGAUUAGGAGUUUUGAACAACUGGAAGGAGACGAUGACGAAGAAGACACUCAGAGAUUCUUGUUCGAGGAGAACAAGUUCGCCUCCCAAAAUCUGCUAGCCCAGCUGGGACGGUUACUCGAUCAGAUUCAUCAACAACAAUUAGAAGAACUAGAGGAAAUUGAAUCAACUAGUUUACAUUUUUGUCGGGUUGCAAGUCCUGUAGCUGAAGUUGGAGAAGAUAGCAUUGUUUCUGAAACUAUUCGCAGUGGGGGAGUUGUAAUUUCUUUACCGGACGACUUGUACAAAAAGCUAAGUGCUAAUUUCGAAGAACUUUCAGCUGGAGCUUUAUAUCUGCGACGUGAGUGGCAAACUACAAGCUACAGAGAACAAGCGAUCUUGCAGAAACGUCUAGGGCUCAUGUCUGAAUCGAAUACCAAUGUAGACGCUUCCAAAUCGGGCCACGAUAAAUCGUCGCCGUCCACAGGAAUAAUGGAUCACAACAAAACGAUAAGCGAUGAUAAGUUAGCGGCAAUUAGAGCAUCCGAAUCAAAAGAUAAGCGAAGACAAUCGACUUUUGGAGAAUCUCUUUCUAAAUUAGACACCACAGAUGAACUCAAUUUAGGAUCACAAACUCCUGCGACAGAUCACAGCCAUUCUGACAAUCAACCUCGUCGAGAGUCUUCACGUCUUUCGUUUAACUUUGGGAAAAAAACACGGUUGGAAAAGUUCAAAGCAUUAAACGAUAAAGCUUUAAGUGAGAAAAAAAAGGCAGGUCUUGAUGAGGAUGAUGACACUCAGAAUGACAAUGAUGUUACUUCUGCUUAUGGGAUUGGGCAACCAACAGUUAUCAACUUUUCCUUGCUCUCUAAGACCUGUGAAGAAAAAGGUUGGAUACUUCAUCAAGAUGACGCUGAUGAUCUUGAAAGGCAGACAUUGUUGGAAUGGGCUCGUUCAAGGUUACAGCAAGUUAUCAGAGAAAAGGAAGAAAUGAAGGAAAAAGCAAGAGAACUUAAGAUAGAUGGCCCGCUAGUUACCAAGUUUUAUGGUGACACCCAAAGGGAGGCAACCAUGAAAUACAAGAAAGGGGUGUCAUGGGCAAAACGGUGGAAAAAUUUGUCUGAAGAGGACAAAAGACCGAAGUUCCUUACUUCUCUACCUGAUGGCACCUCCUGUUGCUACUACCCAUCUGGUCGUAUAGCAAUGUGUGCUAGUUAUCCAGGCCCUAAUACACCAGGACGAUACACUGUUGUCUAUGGAGACUCUGCAGACAGCCCAAUGCUGGCUACAUUUGUGGCGUCUGGCCAGGGGUGUUGUUACCACAAGAAUGGAAGCAUCAGAUUUGUUUCAACUGUAAAAUUUGGAGCCAUCAUGGGAGAGGAUGGUAACAUAGAGCAGAAGUGGAAAUGGCCUUUGGGAAGACUACAGACAACUGUUGUUGUGCAGCUGAAUAACUUCAUUAAUCUUCGCUGUGUGAGUCAGGCUGGUAUAACUUUGUACUUCAGUUGUCAGAAUGAGACAGCUAAGUUCCACGUUGGAAUGCCACAAGGAUCAAAGCCUGUCAAACUUACUGAACUGGGGUAUCUUCAAACAAACAUGAAGUUUUCAUCAAAUGCAGCCAUGGUGUCCAUGAAGCCAAAGACGAAGAAGAAAGAAGAAAAGAGGAGAAGAAAAGCGCAGAAACUGAAAAACCCAGGAACUAUCUCCGCAGAAGUACUCGAGUUGCGCCAACAAGAAUUAGAAGAGAAGUUUCCAGAGAGAAAGGAACUGGAUUUAGACGCACCAUGGCAAAUGGAUCUAUUGAAACUCCAGCGGAAAGUAAAGGGCCUGAUUUUUGACUGGAUGGAACAUUAUCGUGUAGCUGUUGGCAUAUCCCCUCCAUUCCGUUUUUCGUCCCGUUCAAAACGCCGUGCCAUGUCACAUUCCGCUCGAUCGAUGCCAGGUGCUCUUCCUUCAGGGUUCGAGGCGACAAGGGCCUUUAUACGUCGAUCUCCCUCGGCACCCCCCAUCCCGCAUCCUAAAGGCAAAUCUUGGUACCGUUCUAGUUCUCAGUUGGGCACACGUCCGCAUAGCUCAGUAGAGAAAAGCAAGGUUACGCGGAUUGAAGACAGCAGAAGUGUAACUAUUGAAGUACCAACCAGGGACAUGCAAAGUUCAAGGAUCGCCAGUAAAGUUCCCUCUGCAGUUUCAGGUUCUCACAGUCCGACGCACACCACACCACGGAGCCCUUUCCGCUGUGGAGUGACACAGCAGGCUCGCGUUGCCACUCCUCCGAGAAGUGGGUGUCCUGUCGCUUUGAGAUCUGAGGUGCUCGGAGAGAAAGAUCCACAAUGCAGAUGUGAUCGUCGGAAGAUUCCUCUCGUCACGGACUUGGAGUACGACUGUUUUAUUACUGAGCACGUACCCAGGACUCAACUGCUGGUAGUCAGUGUCACGUCAUCUCAACACCCCGAUGCAAAUCCUUGUGACAGCAUGCUGGAUCAACUGUUCCACGAGAAAAACCGUAACAGGUCUCUACCUUGUGUACAGGCACAGAAUGAUCCUUUCCGAUUGGUACGUUACGACAUUUCAUCAGCAUCGCACUUUGGUACUCAGUCCCAGCCUCUUCUUCUCAGACGACAUAACGCCGUUCCAGGAAUGUUCUUGAUGUACACUGGUGGAAGACUUUUAUUUGCUGAUCAUAUUUUCAAUGGUUAUGGAAAUGCCAAAAAAGAUUUCCUCAAACAGAUAAUGCGAACAAGGAAGGACGCUCUGGAGGGCAAAUCCCUCCCAGCCGACUUCCGUUUGAGUCCUACUCGCGGUCGUUCAGGCCCAAGAGCUGCCUGGGGCGGAGAGAUCGGUGGUGUGAAAAUAAGUGAACGAGCUCUUAACAUGAGUCCAGCUUUCCGAGAAAUGCAAGUGUCUCACAGCAACACAAGGCUGGAUUCUGCAGCCACGACUGCAUCUUUAGGUUCAAUUUCUGUUGAUGUCAGGGGUGGAGCUAAUUCAGCGGCAAGUUUUGUCAAUUUUGGUUUGUCAAUAGACAGUCCAUAUCCGAUGAACUCUAAAAAAUGGAUGACUACUUCAGAGACAAUCCCUGAACAUCGUCGAGUACAGACAUCAGCCUGGUAGCCUAAAACUAAAACGAGAUAGAUAAUAAAAAAGUUUAUUGAGAUAGAUAAAUUCUUAUUUAUUUCUACUACUUCGCAGAACUCAGUAUCAAAGAGGAAAUAUUUUUGUCACCGCUUAUUUUAAGAGUACAAGUUUAUUCAUUA